GCUUACUUCUGCUUUCGACAUCGUGGUGUAUAAAAGCGACCUGCUUCCCAGAAUCAGGACCAACAACAUCAUGAUGACUUCAGAGUUUAUCAACGUGGCUCUGCUGCUCUCUCUGUGUGGGUGUCCUACUCUCAGCAUGACUGUCAAACACGACGUGGUGGAGGUGAAGUCUGUGGUGGGACAGGACUCCAUCCUGCCCUGUCCCGCUGUUUUUAAACCAGGGGUGGAGUACUUAUCACUCACGUGGUACAAGGCGAUAGAUCCUCCCUCGUCCCGUCUCAGCGGACUCCUGACCCGAGACCUCCCGAACGGCACGACGAGCUACUACCUGGGCAUGGAGCGAGAGAUGGAGCUGCUGGAAGACUCCCCGGACGUCUUCAUGCCCAACGUGACCUGCGCCGACCGCGGCGUGUACACAUGUUACCUGGCGGCACCCGUGGGAGAGCAGAACAGGGAGAGGCAGGUCGUCCUCAGUGUGGCAGAUUGUUCUGAUGAGUCGUCGGAAACCCUGAUAAAAGACGCUUACAUGGUGGUUGCCGCCACGCUGCUGCUGAUCUUUGCACUCAUUAUUUUCAAGAUAAGCUAUGUUUGUUUGAAGAACAUCCUCCGAGAACGAAACGAUACGACGAUAACAACGAAGGAAACGUUAUUGGACGCUAAGCUCAAACCGCUCGGAAAGAAGGACCUCAUGUCGAUUCAGACUUUGGGUCCCAAACCGUCGAAAACCACCACGAAGAAACACGCCUGUGUUUGAAGAGAAAGUCUGCGCUGGAGUUUCUUCUUCAGCAGAAAGAAUCACAAAAACCUCAAAAGGGUUCUCAAAAAUUGAGUGUCUUUGACUUCAUUUAGAGAACUAAUGAAACAUGUUUGAGCCUCUGAGUGAAACAUAAACAAGCCGAAGGAGGCUUCGAGGUCUGAGUGUGAACGCAGAGCUGAAAACAACACACUCAGGGGUAGUUUUGCGUCUCUUUACCUUUGAGCUUUCACACUGAAUCUACGUCGGUAUGACAUCACUGCAGACGUUUAACAGCAGUGCAGUUUCUCUCCUCUUACUCGUCUGUGUCUACCUCUAAAUAACUCCGCCCCCAUCAUUACGCCUCCAUCUUUGCCUUUUCUCGGUCCUCUUGACUCCCCAGGCUGACUUGGUCAUUUUUUUCCUCCAUCCUGGAGCGCUGCACUUGGAAAAUGUUCACUUCAGCACUGGACAGCGCCACCCAUGUCCGCCUUUAAUGACUCUUUUUCGGCCAUCCUUCUUCACCUCUUCCCCCUCUUCAUCCCCCAUCCUUACACCUCCUCAUUACGGCAAUGUGAAAGGGGCUAUUUGAAGAAAGAGGAGGGAGGAGUUUAUGGAGAAAAGGUUCUCUGUUGAUUUGUUUUAUUCUUUGAGAUUUUUAUUUGUUGUAAAGGAGGAUUUUAAACAGGAUUAUGUAAAGUUAGACACAGUUCUAAUUUAAGUGCACACUUUGUAGACAUGUUACAUCUGUUGUUUUGAAGUGUAUGUUAGUUAUUUAUGGAUUUAGAGACUUUUUUUACUUAGUGAUACUGCACCUUUAAUUUCAGAGUUAAAUGAUUAUCAUGCAUCUCCUUUUUGUGGUCUUACUGAGAAUAUAGACACAUUAUAUAAAUCACAUGACAAAUAUGUUCCAAGGCUUGACCCAGAAUUUAUUAACAAAAAGAAAAUGUUGGUAGCGAAACAAAUGAGUAACAUAUAUUAAAUAACAGUAAACACACAUUCUUAUUUUUGAUAUCUUUUCGCCACAAUUUCACAGUUUGGGAUCAAUAAAGUCAUUCUAUUCUAUUCUAAACCCAAAAUAUGGAAGCCUACUAUACUGACUUGUCUCAAAUGUUUCUGAACAUGAAACCAGACGGAAAGUCUGAAUCAUUAGCAGAAGUGUGACUUCUUCUAAGUACGCCUCCCAUGUUAAAUAUAGAGGUGGGAAACUUUGCAUUUUACUGUAUUUUUACACUUAGGGUAGAUAUUAAAGACGGGACGGGCCUGUCUUUAAUAUCUGAGUUUGUUAAAGUCUCUGUGAGUUAUUCUUCAUAAGGAUGUACAGAGAAAGAAGUACAGAUUAAUACAUGUUUAAACAGUUACAUUAAAAACCUGUAUCUCAAUCAGGAGAGACAAGAUGAUAAAGAACUUUAUUUUUUAUUUACAAUAACCUCUGGAAGUUACAAUCCAGGAUUUAUACCUUUGACCUCUCCCUAAAGCCGUACUGAGUUGGAAAAAGGACUUGCAGGAGUGUGCAGCUCCCUCUACUUUGAACGAGUUGUAAGAGACUCUGAAUCUUCAGGAGCCGGUGUCCUCUGAGAUUUUAUCGGUCUUCUUAUUUUGACUCUUAUUGACCUUUUUUUUGGCCUUGUUUAGGACACAGUUUGAUGCUUCUUGUAUUUUGUGAUCAUUUUAUUCUUGUGUUUUAUUUCUAAAACAAAGUUGACAUGUCUUUAUCUGGCAGCUCUUCUAAAAGAUGUUCUUAAUCUCAGUGAGACUUUUCCUGGUUAAAUAAAAAAAUAUUGGAUAAUGUGGAAAUGUGGAAAUGUGACUUUGUCUCUUGGACUCUUUGUGGUUUGUUGAUGUGUAUCAGACUUCAGGCCACCUCUGCAUGUGUCAGCGCCCCAGUUUCCAACCACCCUAGUCCUAAUAGUCUGGACACGCCCCUGAAUAAAGGAAAGGAUCAAUUAAAAACAGUAGAAGGAUUAAGAAUGGAUUUUAAAAAAGGUUAAAAGCAAAAGGUGAAAUCACAUAAAAGCAUGAAGACGUGAUUUAAAGGAUGUUUCUGUGGAUAUUCAAACCCUGUGUUGUGCAGGAUUUCUCUUUUUUUAUCUGAAAUGCCCAAACUUCAGAGGAUAUUGUUGCAAAUAAAGUUUCUUUAAUGUUUGAGGAUAAUGUUUGUUGUUGUUUUGUGACGGUAUUAUUACGCAAUAAAAGAAGAGUUUGUUGUGA